AUGGAGCCCGUGAGCCUCCCGGACGAUGCAGCCUUUCGGGAUUUCGUGGCGGAAUGCGAGUCGCAGGACGGGUGGCUGAGCUGGUACGACCGCUCUGGGGUCUCCGUCUGGGAGCAGGUGGUUCCUUAUGCGGACCUGGCGGUGUACCGCCUCAAGGGCAUGAUUGACAUGGCAGGGGUCUCCGCAGAGACAGCCUAUGAUGUCCUACAUGACACUGAGUACCGCAGCAUGUGGGACAUAAACCUUGUUGAGACGCAUCAGAUCGCUCGUCUCACAGACAAUGCUGAUAUUAGCUACUAUGAAUGGAAGUGCCCAAAGCCCUUGAGGAACAGAGAUGUGGUGACUCUGAGAUCAUGGAAAGUCCUGGAUAAGGAUUAUAUUAUCAUGAACUUCUCUGUUAAACAUCCGAAUUACCCUCCACGCAAGGACACAGUGCGGGCUGCCUCACGUUUGGCUGGAUACCUGGUGCAACCAACUGGACGCGACAGUUGCAAGCUGACUUACCUGGCACUGCUUGACCCUAAAGGAUUUCUGCCCAAGUGGAUUGUGAACAAAGCUGUUCAAUUCCUGGGACCACAGGUGAUGAGGAAGCUGCAUAAAGCUUGCAUGGAAUACCCCGCCUGGAAGCAGGAGCACAACAUGGAUGUGAAGCCUUGGCUGCACCCUGAGCAGAGCCAGCUCCCCACCAUGUUGGUGUCUGAGUUGGCUAUUCAGCAUGCUGCCUCCCUGGAGCACUUCGAUGAGAGCAGCGUUAAAGAGGUCAAGGAUCAACAGGGAGAAGCCAGCGGGUCCGACUGACUACAUCACUUUGUGCUUUUUCGCAGUUUGAGGACAUUCUCUAGUCUGCCACUGUGCCUUUCUGAGAAAUGCUAAAUUAUUCCAGUUUAUUUCAUGUAGUAGCCAGCUUUUGGGGGUUAUUCUCUCUCAAGCACCUGUUGCAAACUUGUGGUUGGAGGGGCAACUCUCUGUCAAGACCACCUCCCCAUGCUCUUAGCUGUUCUGCCCAAGGAGGGGAGAAGGCUUUUAACAGUGGAGCUGCAGUAUUUAAUCAGUGGUUUGUUUUUAGAAGACCUUUCGAACCAGGGAAAUGCUGCAUAUUGUGCUUAUUUUAGAUCAAGAGAAUAAUAUAAUAAUUGAUGACUGGCUGUGCCAAUUCUUGGAUGAGCUUCAGGAAAAUGAUAGAUAAUUUUGAGAUUCUAUAUUUAAUGGUUUUAUGGGGAGCUGUUGUUUUAUUUCAUCAGAUUUAUUUGUUGCCUAUGAAACUUCUCUAGGUGACUUACAUAAAUUUGUCUUACUGUGUGAAAUGCAAUGAUAAAACAACUUCUUCCCCCCUAAUAAACAACUGCAAAUAAUAAAAUGCAA